AUGUCCUCGACGUGGAGGCCUGAGCAUCCGCAGCAGUUCUAUGCCCCCGGAUGGCAUGAAGAUGCCAAAACGCCCGUCGUCGACGGCAAGUACUACGACCGCGCCACAGGCGAGGUGCGCGUUGCCGACGCCGCCGAGUACGGGGGCCCGCCCGCGGUCGACAUCAUCGUCUCGAGUAUUCAUCAAGACACUGUCGGCUGCAGUACCCGCGCAGCUCGCCCAUUCCCUGUCGAGGCACUCCUGUACCAUAUCAUGCGCGUUAUCCACGAUGGGAAGCUGGAGCUUGAUUCGCUCAUUGCGACGCAGUAUGCCAUUCGCGUCGUUCUCUCGCAUGAGCUGACUGUGGAUGGAUUCGGCGACGUGGCUGACGAAAUGGUGAAUGGCAUCUGGAAGCAAGAGGGAGAACAAGCCACCUGA